UUAAUCUCAUAGAUAGUGUUACCGUUUCAAUGCAUUAUACGACUGACAGACCGCAACGGUUGGAGUUAAAAAUCAUCUUUUGUUUUCUACUGAAGAAACAAAGGCACCUACAUCUUGGAUGCCCUGGGGAUGUUGGCCCUUGAAACCAUUCAAUACUUCCAAGAGCUGGGCCCUAGAGAGCCGUUGUCAGGGAACCUGGACCUUGACAUGAUUGAGGAAUACCUGCAGGAGCACUCGGUGGAGGUGAUGUCAGCACCAUGUGUCCAGAGGAGAGGUCAAGAGGAGCACAGUAUGGCAGAGAACAGCUGGUCUGGACGUGCAUAUGAAUGGCAUUAUGGUGGAGUACCAGGAACAGAUGAGACUCAUGAACAGCCUCAGCAGCAGCAGCAGCAGCAGACGUGGCUCUGUCAGUUCAGUCACAAUGAGUGGGGGCACUGCCAGUAUGACAGAAACCAAUGCAGUGAUUCAGAUUCGCUGUCCACCAGCUCUGGAUGCCAAGAAUUUCCACCAUCUCCGACCUCUGACAGGAAGGGACAGUUUGCGUAUGACUCAAUGGCACUAGCGCCACUCUCAGGUAAAAGGAAAGAGCGACUGUUUCAGUUCUUAUAUGAGAUGCUACAGACACCAGACAUGCGUAGCUGUAUUUGGUGGGUUCAGUCGAACAAUGGAACGUUCCAGUUCUCCUCCCAGAACAAGGAAAAGCUGGCAGAGAUGUGGGGCAGACGCAAGGGCAACCGGAAAACAAUGACGUACCAGAAAAUGGCCCGUGCCCUGCGAAACUAUUCGCGAACAGGAGAGAUCUGCAAAGUGAAGCGUAAACUUACCUAUCAGUUCACUGAGAGAACACUGAGAGGCCUUCAGAACAACUCGCAAAGAUUCAUGGGUAGUUAAUGUGGUCCAUCCACCGAGACUUUCUCCUAGCUGGGAAAGUAUAAAUAAAUACUGAGUAUUUUACAGAGGAUGGUUUUGACUUUUUAAUGUUCAUAAUGUAAUGUGGACUUAAAACACUGAUUUUUCUAAUAUUAUUUGGCUUAACUGAGGCUCAAUUGAACUUGGGAAUUUUUAUGUACUCUAACAUCGAAUAACAUCGAAUUCUAUGAAGUUGAAGGUGAUCUUUGAAAUAUGUAAAUCUGAGGAUUGUUAACCUUUACACUACGUUAUAUGUAGUUAUGAAUACAUUUUUUUUUUUUUUUUGAUAAAAUAUUUGCCAAUUUUUGUGCUGAUUUCAAUUACUUUUUAAUGUCAUUAAAUGUUGACACCUGAUGUGCCUGAAUAAAUUAAUCUUAACAUGCAAAGUUGUAUUUUUGUCAGUGCAGUCAUGUCAUACUGUUUAAUUUAUAAAAUUCCAUUGUAAAAUGUUUUGUUCAUGUUCAAGUUUUUUAUUAAGUAUUAAUAUGACUGAAUGGACCAGACUACAUAUGUAGUUCAGUCAUGAAACUCUAGAUGGUGCAAGCUGAUCCUUUACAUCCAAUCUGCUAGCAAUUACAUCAUUUAUACAUGGCACA